AACUCUUGACACAAACAUAUAGGAUUAUCGAAAUAAAGUUAUGUUUCAUAAAAUUAAAUAUAAGAGAUAAAAAUAUAUGUUUAAUAGUUUGUUGUAAUCACAUAAGCAGAUAGAUUGAUGUCGUAUUUAUAGGUUUUUUUUCUUCUCUUUCUAUUAUUAGUAGCACAGUAAGUAUAAUGUAUUUUAUUAUAGAUAUAUUUAAAAAUGUACUUUAUAACAGUUGAUAAUACUAUAUUUAUUCAUUGUUUUCUAUAUUCUUGAAAAAUUAUAUCACAUAUUGCUUUUGUUUAGAUCCAUAUUGCUAGUAUGAUAAAAUGGAUCAUAAAUAAUCGAUUGGAUUACCGUCAAUCUUGCUUUUUCUCUUAAUAUUAUCUAAAACAAACAGGAAAUAAAUGAAACGAUGUGAAAUAAAGAUGAUCAAGUAGCAAUCAGUUCAGAUAAUAGAAUAAGUAUUGACGUCAAUCACUCUCAAUACAUCAUUUUUUUUUCUCAUUUUUUUUUUCAAUCAGUAUUAUUUCCUAGUAAACUACAAACGUACAUAAACAUCCACCCUUUACAUAUACAUGCAUACUUAUGACUAAAAACAUUUGUGCUUAACUAAAUGAAUUCAAUUUACACAACAUGCUUCUAUUCAUUAAUAAUAAUAAUAAAAAAAAGAAAGAGUCGAAAAUAUCAGAAAUAAAUUAUAAUAAUGAAUUUUGACAUAAUAAUUGUUAACAUAUUUUUAUAAAAUAUAGAAAAUUUGAAUAAAGUAGAAUAUUAUGGGUAUGUUUUAGUAAAAACAACAACUUAUUCAGUCUUCAUUUUUUUUUCUUUUUAUAUAAUAGUCAUAAUUGUUUUUAGAUUAAUUAUUAUUUAAUUGGAUUCAUCUAUCUAUAUAUAUAUGUGUCAUAUUUUUCAAAAUACGUAAUAAUAUAAUAACUAAAAUGAAAUUGUUAAUGCAGAUUUUCUUAUUAUCAUUUUUACAAUCAACAUUAUUUCCGAUCUAGGUUUCAGACAAGCAUAAGCAAGUAGUUUUCUUUAGGUCAUUUUCUUUUUUGCUAUUCUUGGUUUAAUUAUCACAUACUUAAAAAGCCUUACAGUACUAUUAAAUGUUACCAUUGUUUAAUUAAUAAAUCUUUUGACGCAUCCAUUAUUACUUUUGGUUAUCUUUUUAUUGUAUAGACUUUCUAGGAUGCUUUUAAGAACUUGAAUUACUUACAGUCUAGUAAUUAUUUACCUUUUUGUACGAGACUAUUGACAAAUUUGUUUUUCUUUUAAAAAAAAAACAAUGUUGAUUUACUUAUUCUAUCACAUUUCCUUCGAAGAGUACAAAUUUACUAUUGAUUAAAUUGUGCUUCUACUAUUAUAAUUGUGAUUUAUAGUAGAAACACUACCACAGCAAAUAUAGACUGAUUGUCAAUAAUCUACAAUAAAAUACUCAUUUAUCUGUAAGAAAUUAAAAAAGAAAAAUAUUUCUAUUGACAUUUGAAAGUUAAUAUGAAGACAACAGAUCAUAUAUUAUUAAUUUUAUGUCUCAUUUCUAUAGAGAAUAAAUAGGAAAGGCUAAAUAGUUUUAUUUUUUCUUAUCGUUUCAAAAUUAAUCUUAUUCACUAAUGAUCUAUGAUAAGUAGAUUUUCAAUUUAAUAAUGACAAACAUUAAGAAUCAAUGAUGUCAAACUUCACUGUCAAUGUUUGAUAGAAAAAAAAAGUAGCUUUUUAUUUAUUAACAAUAAAUGAAUCUUUUCUAAGAUGUAUUCGAAAUAACCUGAAAGACAAACAAACAAGAUAUUAAUUUAUUAAUGAUAUCUUUGAGAGAGAGAAUCGACCUACAUUUCUUUUCUUUUUUUUUUUUUCGAUGAAAUAUAAAAACUAGUUUAUUAUAUUAUAUAGGAAAUUUUAAUUAUUGAAAUUAUUAUUUAUAAUCUAUUACAUUUUGUAGUGUUCUUUGUCACGAUUAUUUUUUUGUUUUCAUCAAAAUAAGAUCAGAAAAAUUUUUUGAAAAGUACUUGUAAAGAAAAAAAAAAUGUCGAGACGUAGUUCAGCCUUGAUAUAUGUUAAUGCAUAAUCUUCUUAAUAUCUUCCUUUUUUUUUUCUUUAGUUUUUAUUCAUCCAACCAAUAUUUUUUUUCAUUUGACUUUCUUUUCAUUUGAACAUGUCAUUUGCAUCAAUGAAUUAAUAUCUUUGAAGUUACUUUCACAAGAUUAUUUUCUUUUUUUAGAUAGACUAAUAGUCAACAUCCGUUCCCUAUUGUGAUCAUUCUUUCUAUUGUUCCAAUUGAAUGUUAAACGGUAUAUAUUAUAACUAAUAUUCAACAUCUUCCUCAUCAUAAAUGUGACAAUGUCUAUGCAUAAUGAAGAUUUAUAUAGAACUAUAAUAAUAAAUUAAUAACAAGACUUUAUCAAAUUUAUGAAUGACUUUCAUUAACAUAAAUUCGACUACAAUUGAAAAUACAUCUCUUGAAAAAUUAACAUGGUCUUUUAGAACAAUUACCAUACUUAUUAUAUGUAGCCUAAUUACAAUCUUUACUAUAUUAGGUUUGUAUUUAAAUAUACUUUAUUUAUAUAUAAUAUAAAUCUCAUUUGAAAAUUAUUAUGACUAAAUUAAGAUAAAGUGUAAAUUGAUUUUUUUUUUGUUGAAAAUUUUUAUUUUUAGGCAAUGGUUUAGUUCUUAUUUCAAUAAAAUUUCGUCUUCGUACUCGAUCAUAUUCCGAUUAUUUUAUUGUAAGUUUAUGUCUAGCAGAUUUUUUUGUUGGUUUAUUUGUAAUGCCACUUAUGACAAUUCAUACAUUAUAUUUACAAUGGCCAUUUCAUUAUCGUCUUUGUCAUAUAUGGAUGUCAAUUGAUUUUACAUGUUCAACAGCAUCAUUUCUUACAUUAGCUUCAAUGGCUUUAGAUAGAUAUUGGGCAUUAACUACACCUUAUUAUCAUUUACGUAAUCGUUCUUCUUCAUCUGUAUUAAUAUUUAUAAUAAGUUCAUGGGCUAUUCCAUUUGCUAUAUGGCCAAGUUCAAUAUUUAUUUCGAAUUAUUAUAAUAGAAGAAAACCAUCAUGUGUUCAUCCAGCACCUCCAUUUAUAAUUGUUUUAUUAUGUACAUUUUUUUAUUAUAUUCCACUUUUAUUUAUGCUUGCUUGUUAUUCAAGAAUAAUAGUCAAUAUAAAAAAUAUUGAAGUAUUAAUCAAAGAUAGUUGUGAUACAAUGAAAUUAAAUUCAUCCGGUCAUGAUUUAAAACAAUCUACUAUAACAACUGCAUCUCAUUUUGAUGGUUCUGCUCGUAAUGAUAAAAGUAGUAAUACAACAACAAUAACAACACCACUUUCAUCAAUACGUACUUAUUUCUAUAAAUAUUUUCAACGAAAUAGAAUAAUAAAUACAAUUCGAACAGAAUCUUUACCUGCUAAUGAACAACAUUUUAUUAUACAUGAAGUAAAAAAUCGAAAAAAUUCAAAUGAAUAUUGUCAUAAUACAAAUCAAAAACGACGAUCAAUUACUGUUGAUCAAGGAAUAACAUCAAAUAUAAUAGUAGCAAAAACACCACCAUCAUCAUCAUCAUCAUCAAUUCCUCAUCGUCGUUUAUAUCGACAAACAACAGCAACAUUCAAAGGACAAAAACGUUGUUAUAAUGAUACUAUUGAAGAUAAUAGAUUAAAAAAUGAUUUAAUUAUUAAUCAAGAAGAAGAAAAACAACAACAACAACAACAAUUAGUUCAAGUAUAUGUGAAUAGUUAUAGAUUAUCAUUACCAGCUAUUCGUUAUGAAUCAUGUUUUUAUUAUCAACAUUCAAUUCCUACACAAACAAUAAUAACAAAAGCAACUAUUGAAAAUCAACAUCGAAAUAUAAUUAAUAAUCAUCAAUAUGAAAAUAAUUCACAUCAAAAUUCUUUACCAAAAGAACGUAAUCAAUCACAUUCACCAUCAUCUCCUGAAUGUCAUCGUAAUGGUGAUAAUACAAUAGUAGAUAUUUCAAAACAUGAUUCAUCAUAUGACAAUUCUCUCGAUGAUGAACAUCGUCGUUUAAAUCAUCGUACUCAACCAUUAUGUUUAUCUAAACCACGUAAUUCAAGUCGUUAUAGUCAACGUGCUAUAGCAGAAUUUAUGCAUCAAAGACGUAAAGCUUGUUUACGACGAAAUCAAAAAGCAAGUCGAAUGCUUGGUAUUUUACUUGCUGUUUUUCUUAUUUGUUGGCUUCCAUUUACAAUAUCUUAUCCAACAUCAAUUUUUUAUCCAAAUAAAUUUCCAAGUGGACUUGAAUGUAUUAUAUUUUGGUUUGGUUAUGUCAAUUCAUUAUUAAAUCCAUUUUUAUAUGUAUAUAGUUCACGUAAUUUUCGUCAAGCUAUUAUUGAAACAUUAUGUUGUCAUGCUCGGUUUCAAUCACAACGCCGUUUACAGUAUCAAUGGUCAUUUCGUAAUACUGCUCAGAAAUAG